CAGACGGCGAGUGGCAGUCGUACAACAAAGACGUAUUAUUAUUUUCGUUAUCCACCUGGCGGAGGCUCUGAAAAGUUGGUCAGACAACUUUUUCAAAAAACCAACUAAAAACAAAACCGACAACAACCAAAAAAAUACCAACAGAUAAACCGCAAACAUAUAAAAUUGAACUCCUUUUACUUUUUCGUAAAAAAUAACAAAAAUUUCAAUUGCUAUCUACUCUCUGGAUAUUAUAUAGAUGACCGAGAAGGAUAACGUAUCCAUGGCUACCGUGCAACUGAAGCCCGACUAUGCGGCUAGCGAAGUCUACAGCACGGCCAGCGAACCGCCACCGCUGGGAUUUUUUAACUUUAAUCAUCAGGCCUACAAGCGUCAGGCGAAUUCGGUGAAGAUCGCCAAGAUCACCGCAUUCACCAUCAUCGUGUCCUCGUUCAUUCUGGGCGCUUUCAUUCUGGCCUCGUCCUAUCUGCAGGCCAAGGCCUCAUGCGAUCAGGUGCAGGCCCUCGACUCGGUGCUGGAGAAAGAGCUGAUGCUGGAAACGUUGCAGCAGGUGAACAAGGAACUACCCCGUGCUGAAGCUUUGCUGGGCAAAUCCGAUGGCGGCGAGGACUUGCAGAAUCUGGAUCAUGAUGAUGCGGAUAAGAAGCGCGACCCCAAGGCCGAGGACAUUGAGCCGACUGUGAGUGAGCACGACAACUCGUACUCGGACAGCGAUGAGACCGAGGAGCUGCAAAAGUUCCCCGGCAAGAUGCCGCUCGAGCUGGACUUGAGCGAUCUGGCUGCCGCCAUUCUGCGCAACAACAAGAAAUCCCGCAUGAACUGCGUGGUGGAGCGCAAGCAUGCCGAGGAGUUUGUUGACUCACCCUCGAAGACUGUGGCGCUGCCUUUCGGCGUCAAUCUGACCACCGAUCCCAAGAAGGCACGCAUCACCGGCGAACGCAUCUCAAUCUUCUGCGACGGCGGCGACGACAAGGAAGACAAGGAGGAGAAGGAAGCCAAGCGUCAGCGUGAAGAGGAAGACGAUUCGGAGGAAGAUGAACCCAUGCGUCCCAUGUUCAUUCCCUUCCAGCGUGUGCCCAUUCCCUUUGGCCGCAUUCCCGACCAGAUGCCCCUGACCCACAUGCCCCAGCGCAUGAUGCCUCCGGCAAUGCAACAGCAGCUGCCCCAGCAGGGUUCGAUCAUCAUCCGUCAGCUUCCUCCCCCAUUCCAGCAUCUGCCCAUGCGUCCCCCCAUGCCUCCUCAGGUGAUGCAGGCCCCACGCAUGGAACAGGAGCAACCUCAGCCACAGCAACCCCAAGUGCAAACCGUGCGCAUUCACAUGCAGCAGUUGCCCUUCCGUCAGAUCCACAUGGCCGAUGAUGUGCCCAUGCAGAUUCCCGCCCAGCAGCAGCGCGAGAUGCAGAUGCAGCGUGAGAUGCAACAGCAGCGCGAGAUGCAACAGCAACAGCAGCAGCAGCGUGAGCGUGAGAUGCCCCAACAGCGUGAGAUGCCACAGAUUCAGAUCCAGCACAUGCCUCUGGGUUUGGCACUGCAGCGUGUGGGCAUCACCGCCGAUGAUCUGCGCAACAUUCAGCGCAUGGCCGAGAAUCGCUUCACCGAAGAGAUGCGUCGCCUGACCGCCGAGGAGGCCGCCGACUCCAGUGAGAACACCAGCUCCAAUUCCAGCGAAGAGGAUGAGCACAGCGAGACACCCAUGUCAUCGGAUGAGCAAUCAUCCACCUCCUCCGCACAGUCCGAGCAGCAGCAGCCCGAGCAGCAACAGCCCCGUGAGCAGCAGCAGCAACGCGAGCAGGAGUCCAGUGACCAGCAGGAGGAGCAGACGCCUCAGCUGCAGAUCCAGCGAUUGAUUCUGCAACCGCUGCCGGAGCAGCCACGCGACACGAUGACCCCGCCGAUGCCCGAUCAGCCCGCUCAGGUGCCAUUCGGUCGCAUGAUCUUUGGCCGCAGCCUGGCGCAACCGGUGCGCAUUCCAGUGCCCAUGAUGCAGCCAGCUGAGGGCGGUGCUGCCUCCGAGGAGUCGCAGCGACCACACUUCGUCCAGCCUCGUUCCGUUUAAGUAACAACAACACCAUGCCUGUGAUUGCUGCUCUGCGAAUUCGAAUUCGAAUCUGAAUCAGAAUCUGUAUUGUAAUUGUCGUUAAUUUUUUGUAACCAUGUCGCGUCAUCCGAUUCCGAUGCUCGAUUCCGAACAAAACAAAAACAUCUCAACAGCAGCCUCCCAAAACGCCAAAAAAAAAGAAAA